UUCAGCUGCCUAGGGUUUUAAUAAGGUUUUAGUUGUAUACAAAAAGCGACCGAGAAGGUUCGUAUCGUCGCUCAACUACACACGGUUGUCGUCCCCUGACGUCAAUCCAUCGUCAGCACAAUCUACCGCUUCAAAUUCGAGCCCUAAUUCCCUUCAAUUCGUCGUUGACAGAGCACCCAAUUUCGAAGUUAUGGGAGAUUGCGAUGAUAAAGGCGAACUUGAAGACUAUCCUGCAAUCAAAGCACUUGGAUCCCUCUUUAAGCUCACUCAAGUCCACUUCUGGGUUGAUAUUUCUACCGGGAUGCCAUAUGGUUCAACUUCUCUUGACUCCUCAAAAACAGUGAAGGACGAUGAUAAUUUGUGUGUUUCAGAAAGUAAUUCUUCACAUGUUGAUACUGAAUUAUCAAGGCAGAUGAAUGAACUUGGACUUCCUCUUUCCUUCUGCACAAACAAGGAGAAACGGAAAGGAAAAGUCAAAGGAAAGAGGAAGGAUGCCCAAAAUAAAGUUUUGCAUACCUAUGAGGAAACCACAUGUGAAGUUUUUGAUUCUGUUGAAGUGAAAGAGGUCGGUGAUAUACAUAUUGAUAACAAUGAGGAGAAUUCAAACAGUGGACGUCUAGACGAGAGAUUAGGAGAUCCUUUGGUUGCUAAUCAAACGCCCGAACUUGAGCAGAUCUGCAGUAACAUAAACGGCGAAUUACAUUCUCUAACACCUGAUAAUUGUCAUCCAAUUCAUAACGGAAGCAACGGUGAAUUUGGAGACUGGAUGGCAUGUUGGGAUGAAUUCUACGAAAGAAACUACUAUUACAAUUGUAAAACACAGGAGUCAACAUGGGACCCACCUCCAGGAAUGGAACCAUUAGCUUCUGUUUAUAUGCCAAACGAAUCAAAAGAAAUGGCUCUUACUUCGUCUACAAUGGAUGAUACUACUAAUAUAACCAAUUAUGAGCUCAACAAAAGAAAAAAGAAAGUAAGACAAAGGAGGGCACGCAGGAAAUCAUCUGCCGAAAGUAAAGUUUUCAUAGAGCUUGAAUAUGAGAUGUUAAUGGAAGAAGUUUCUCCGGUUAUUAGCAAGUAUUGGUGCCAAAGAUACAUACUUUUCUCUAAAUAUGACGAUGGUAUACAAAUGGAUGAAGAAGGUUGGUUUUCAGCGACUCCCGAAUGCAUAGCAAAUCAUCACGCUUUUCGUUGCGGCAGUGGCAUUAUUGUUGAUUGUUUCACCGGAGUUGGCGGGAAUGCCAUCCGAUUUGCACAAAGAAGCACCCACAUUAUUGCUAUCGAUAUUGAUCCAAAGAAGAUCGAGUAUGCACAACAUAAUGCAGCCGUUUAUGGAGUCACCGAUCUUAUAGAAUUCAUAACAGGCGACUGUUUCAUUCUAGCCCAAAAGUUAAAGGCCGAUGUUGUAUUCUUGUCUCCGCCUUGGGGAGGACCGGAGUAUGCUAAAGCAAGAAACUUUGACAUCAAUACUAUGCUCAAGCCACAUGACGGGCAGUUUCUUUUCAAUGUGGCUAAAGAAGUAGCUCCGAGAAUUGUUAUGUUUCUUCCAAGAAAUGUUGACUUGGACCAACUAGCUGAGUUGUCGUUGUCUGCUAAUCCUCCGUGGACACUCGAGGUGGAGAAGAAUUUUGUAAAUGGCAAAUUGAAGGCUAUUACUGCCUACUUUACCGAUCCAUCAUUGUGUAGAGCAAGCUCAUUGUGAUUGUGGUUGAUAAUGGUAAAAGACCUUUGUAUUAUAGAUUACAUGUUAUGCCUAUAUAUGUAUGUAUACAUAGAGAUGUCAACAUUGACACAUUGUUUUGUUUGAAAAACAAUAGUUUUGGGAUAAGAGAUUGGAAAUCUGGUAGUUUU